UAUAUUUUUAUAAAAACCCUGAACCUAAUAAUUUAAUUUCCAAUUAUUAUAAAUCGGAUUAAAAUAAUGAAUAGAUGUAAAAUCCCAACUCUCAAAGUAUUACAGUGCCAUACAAACUAAGUUUUCAAUGCGUUCAUCUGUAAGUUACAUUUUAUCAACAAGCACCACUGAGCCAAACAUGUCUCACCCAGAUUACGAACAAAUUUCUCACGACCACGCAGCCCUGCUAAUAUUAGUCAAGCACAUAGGGUCUCAAUUGAGACCUAAAACCUUUACAAAAUUCUAUGAUCGAAUUGCCAAGUUAAACCAGGUAAAAAUAACAGAUUCGUCUGGUCAAGUACGUACAAUUUUCGUGCGGUAUAUUAAAGAGCACCCGGUCGAAAAUAACGAUUGGGGAGAUUUUCAGACUCACAGAAGACUUAUUGGUUUAGUGUCUUUAGGGAAAUAUGAUUCGCAAACUGAAUUAAAUGAAGUUUGUAGAGUUCACGAGAGUUUGAAAGUGAAAUAUAAUGCUACUCUGUACGAUUCGAGAUCUAUUUUGUUCGGUCCUACUAAGGACGUUGAUUCGCCAGUAACUGAUAAAUCUAGCGGUUCUGAUUGCAGUGAAACUAAACAAGAAUCUAAUAUUGAAAAGUACACAACUCCAAGUAAUUUUAAAACUAGAGCCCUAUUUUACGAUGAAACUUCUGCUUGUGUUGAUUUAGAAAAUCAAAUUGUUGAGUUUAUCAAUUCAUUGUUUUGGGUGUUGGAGUCUAAGAGACUUGAAAGGUCCAGAGAAAAAUUAGAACGAGUUUCUUUGCUUUUUGCACCAUUUGAGAAAAAGGAUUUUGUUGGUUUAGAUAUGGAAUCUCGUCAAAAUAAAAAAAGGUGUACUGGUAGGAUGACCAAGCAUUUAGGCGAUUUGUGUUUGCAAGCUGGUUUAGUAUCUGAAAGCAUACAAUAUUACACUAAUGCCGCUGAAACUUUAAAAAGCGUCAACGAUUGGUUAUGGCUGGGAGCUGCCUAUGAAGGCCUUAGCACAGCUUCAGCUUUAGUCUUAUAUCCAAACAUGCAAAGAAGCGAAGGAUUUCAAAGAUUUGGCAGUUUACCAGAAGGCUCUCCAAAAAAAGCUAAUCAAGAACCAGCUUCCAGUACACCGACAACUAAAAAACCUAUUGCAAACUUACUCAACCCGGACGAUAUAUCAAAGCGAUACAGAGAAGCCAUCAUACACUAUAGUAAAUAUCAAAAUGCAGGAAUCGUGGAAACUGAAGCUAGCUUUAAGGCUGCAAGAAUAGCUGUCGAACAGAAUCAUGCUUUGCAAGCCGCUAGUUUUUUACAGAAUGUUGUUUAUAUUAAUUUAGCUCUGUCGGAGCAGGAAAAAAUUCAACGAUUUGAAACUUUAGCCCAUCUUUAUACACAAAUUGGGUUUAAUAGGAAGGCUGCUUUUUGCUUGAGACUUGCAGCAACAAGGUAUGUUUCUCCUCAAAAUCCAAAUCCCAAUUGGAACAAGUGUUAUUCUUUGAUGCUCCAGAGUUUAUCGGGCCAUAAGCUAAUACUAGAUCCAAUUGAAAUGCUUGAGGCAGAUCAAGGAUGGCCUACUUUGCAAAUCCAGAUUUUACAGGAUUUAAUAGUUGCUGCUAAAAGAGCCAAUCAUUCCGCUUUAGCUACACGGCACAUGACAUUCCUACUACAAACGAUGUGGUCGCAUUUAAACCAAACUGAACAAAAAGAGUUGGCGAUUCAGCUUCAAAGCUUAUCUGUACAAUGUGAAGGUUCCCCAGUACCUCUAGUCCUAGAAUCUGGUAUUGUGGUGCCUCCUGCUAAUUUAACAGACAUUCCAGUAUGCCUAGGGUUCGUUUUAAAAGACCUGAAGCCACAUUUGCGACCUAGACUGAUCGAGCAGGAAAAAGAAGACAUGGGUCCUUUUUUGUUCACCCCAAUACAUUUUGGUAGCUUGGACAGAAACAAGGACAAAGGUGAUCCAAAAAUGGAGUUUUUGUGGGUUGAAAACGAAGCUUGCGAGGUUUCUUUGAAACUGUCCAAUCCGCUAUCUUUCGAGUUGAAAGUUUCCAAUAUGAGAUUGUUAACUUCUGGAGUGGUUUUCGAGUCAGCUCCCGAAACAGUUACCUUGCCUCCUGAUAUGGUGACGUCGCUUUCAUUGACUGGAUGGGCUCGGGAAAGUGGAGAAUUAGAAAUCACUGGUUACAGUACACACGCUCUAGGUGUAAAGUCAAAUUGCAGGCUCAAAUACAUGACCAAUCAUUUCCCACCUCAAUUCAAAGUUGAUGUUAUUCCAAGUCUUCCAAUAUUGCAAGUCUCAACAUCCUUGCCCCAAAGCGCCUCAUUUUCCAAUUUCCACGACGAUAGCAUCGUAACUUCAGCAGGGCUGAGUUUGUAUCACGGAGAAAGUGCUCAGUGUGUUAUUACUCUAACCAACACCAGUGACAUUCCAAUUGAAAUGCUCGAAGUUACUGUUAAUAGUAUUUUAGAGCCGCAAUUGCAAAAUGAAAUAUUUCAAGUUGAUUUAGAGCAAGUUAGUUUGAUUUUGCCGUUGCAGCCUGAACAAACUGCAUCGUUUGAUGUUAAGAUUUUUGCUUCAGCUAAUUUUUUAGCACCAAACUCUGCAGUAUCACCCAGCAUUCCUCAAGACUUAAACAGCGGAAUGUUUAGCAGCCUGUCAACAUCUUUACCAGGAAAUUCUUCAUUUUCCAGACACAAUUCCAGUUUCCGGUCUUCAAAUUCGGGGCAAUCUAGUUUGGCAGGAGGCCUGACAGCCCUGUUCCAGCAGCCUCUCUCAACAGCGGCUGUGGAAGCUCAACUAAAAAUUCGAUACAGUGGUGGUGCUGGACUACAGUCCGGCCAUUGCAGGACCAGUACUGUAUUUUUCAAUGUGGAACUUAUGCCUUCUCUGCAUAUAACGAAUUGGGACGUUUUGCCUGCAGAAAAGAACACCCAAUUCUAUCUUGUAUUGGACAUUGCCAAUUUAACAACGCAAGAAAUGGAAUUGGAAUAUACUGCUUCAAAGCAUAUGCUUAUUGAAGGCCAGGAAAGCUGUAGAGUACCAGUGCCAGUAGAUAGGUGCCCCCUUUCCAAAUUAUCUGAUUUUUAUGAAGAAGCUGACCAAUCCAAACACUUGACUGACAUCAACCGAAUUUGUUCGGAACACAUUUCAGAAUUGGUAAAAUUGAAGUGGCUGUUGAAUGCCACAGAUUCAAAGGGUGUGGCGUCACUUAAAGGAAUUAAUUUGAACACUCGGAUGCUGGAUAUGGUUAGGAUGUCACCUUUAGAAUGGGAAGUAAAGAUUAAUGGAGAUAAGUUUAAUGCCCAAGAGGACUUGUCUUGUGACGCAGGCGACUGUAUGGAAUUACAAAUGUCUAUUGCCAACAGCCUGGAAACAGCUCUCAAAGAACUCACACUGUCAAUACAGUUUUAUCAAGACUAUAAUAAUGGCACAUUGAAUUAUAGAAUGGAUACUAGAUUAGCUAUUUCAGGAGCUUCAAAGAAGAUUUUGUCCUCUCUCGAGCCAAAAAAUGCUGCCAAUCACCGAUGCAAUGUGGUGUUUUUCGCUCCGGGGCUUUACAAGUUGGACAUUCAAUGUUAUACACCAGAUGGUGGCUCCACGAAUACUGCUCCUUUAGUUAGUACAGGGCAUGUUUGGAGAUUUACCCCACCUAUUUCAAUACAAGUUAAAUAAUCAGAUUGAAUGUAUGGCCAAUAAUCCUAGAGCUGGAAAAGUUACAGUUUUAAUCACUGAAAUAGCUUUCUAAAUCUUAGCAUCGCUACAGCUACAACAACUAUCGGAAUAAUCAGAUGACAAAUGGGCACAACAGUUGCCUCUGAAAGAAGAACAUCUCUUUCGGGCUACGGAUUUUCUAGUUUGUCAGAAGAUCUUCUUCACUAUUUUUUUCCUGGAACUGACCACCUCUAAGGUACACAUGGUUUGGAAGGUCCAGAAUCAUCAUGCAGAUUGUCACAAAUUUGAGCAAACCGUAAUUUCUUAAAAUCCAUAGCCUUUUAAAUUUAAUACCCCUGAACUGACUUACCGACAGUGAAAUUCGAAUAUUCUAGAAGCCUUAAACAUCAUUGGGAUGUGAUAGAUCUUAGGAUGCUAUAUUCCAUUUUUCAUACUAAAUAAGGUUGUUGUGAUUUGUGAAAAUACUAGUAAACAAUUUUUGAUUAAUAAUAAAAGAAUUGAUAAUCUGAUUAUUGUUCCAUAUAGCAACUGAAAGUAAAUAAUAAUUUGUUCACUUAUAAUUUUAAGACUAAUCCUCCUGAACGAUAAUAGAAUAGAGUCUAGUAAUGCUACAAAGGAAAUCUGGAAAGUUGUAAAUGAACUUAGGAGAGGUAAAAUCAAAGAAACAAACUUUGCUGCCAAAGAAGGUUGACUGCAGGGACCACUUUCUCAUGAUUUGCUCACACUCAACCUUUCUUUGAGUCUACCUUUGGAGAUAUGAAAAAAUUUAUUUGAUUCCUGAACUGGCACUCCAGGCGUUGGCAUAGGAGGAAAUUAGUCCAAUAGCCCUUCGUUGCCUGAACGUUAUUGAAAAUUUUAGUAGAUCCACAAAAAUUCACUUUACACCUUUAUUGGACUGACUUUGUAAAAAUUUACUGAUCACUUAUGGCCUUAUACUUAUUUAAUUACGCGAUAUUUCUUUAAAUAAAAUUCUUUACUCCAAUACAAUAGAAUUCCUGAAAACUUGUCCCAAGCGUGAACAUGUUUUGCUUAUAUAAAAAACGAUGGAAUUCUUUGAAUAGAUGUAAACAACUGGAUUCAGGGGUCUUGAUGGAAUUUCGUAGAGAAAAUUCUCUGAAGAAACAGAAACGAAUGACUUUAUUUUUGCCUGUUUAUGAAUAGCACGUUUAUUAUACUAUAUUUUUAUUUUAUUAAAGAAAGUUUAUUUUAUUUUGAUAUUUGUUGUAGUACAGCUGUACAGCACUAUUUGCAAAUUAUCCACAUCUGUCGGUGCUGCAGUAAAUUCUAUGUUGAUUCUCAUCUGAAAGUUUUACAGUAGGAGAACAAAAUUCCCGCCAUUCCCAGAGCAACUGCAUGAGCUUCUAUAAUGGUCAAACCUACACGUUUUCUGUAUAGUUUCCGCUAAUAUCCUAGAAACCACCAACUACAAUUGCCAUCCUACUUGAGCACUUCAUAAACAAAACAAAGAGGUUGGAACAUUU